GUUAAUUGACAUUUGGCAAUUGAAAAUUAUUUUUAUUUCUCACGAUUCAUUAAUUUAAUAAUAAAAUACUAUUUAUAUCUAGAAAAUGUAUUUUCCUUAUAUUUUAAUUGAAUAAUCUUAUUAUGAAUACAGGUGAGCGCAACUGUAAAGUUUUAUUGUAGUGGCAAUUCUGAAUUUAAACGUCAAAAAAGUAUGGCCGAUUUGGAUGCGGCUGUGAGUAGGAAUUCGAAUCAUUUUAACAUAAUGAAAGAUUCAAAUGGCCCUCGUGUUGUUACUAUUAAUAAAACCGAAACGGGUUUCGGAUUUAACGUGAGGGGCCAAGUUAGUGAAGGUGGACAGUUGCGGAGUAUCAAUGGGGAACUUUACGCCCCUCUUCAACAUGUCAGUGCAGUCUUGGAUAGGGGAGCUGCUGAACAAGCUGGUAUAAGAAAAGGGGAUAGAAUUUUAGAAGUAAACGGUGUCAAUGUAGAAGGAUCCACACAUAAGCAAGUAGUCGAUCUAAUAAAAUCAGGAGGGGAUGUUUUGACAUUAACAGUGAUUUCUGUGACGCAACAGGAAGCUGAACGUUUAGAACCAACUGAUGAUAACCAAAUUUAUUAUGACUACAGUGAAAAAAGAUCUUUACCUAUAAGUAUUCCAGAUUACCACCAUAAUGAACGAGGUGGAGAACGGUAUGUUUCUUUUAAUAUAUACAUGGCAGGUCGUCACCUUUGUUCUAGAAGAUAUAGGGAGUUUGCAAAGUUACAUAAUGAUCUGAAAAAGGAAUUUCUAGGUUUCACAUUUCCCAAAUUACCUGGAAAAUGGCCAUUUACGAUGAGUGAACAACAAUUGGAUGCCCGACGAAGAGGUUUAGAACAAUAUUUGGAAAGAGUAUGUGCAGUGAGAGUUAUAGCAGAAUCUGAUAUUAUGCAAGAGUUCCUAACUGACCAAGAUGACGAAAAUAGCUUAAGUCCUGUCGAUUUGAAAGUAUUAUUACCUGAUAGAGAUGUGGUAACAGUUUCCUUAAAAAAGAGCGCCAAUGCGGACGAAGUAUAUGAAGCUGUUAUUAGAAAAAUUGGAAUGAGCAAAAAAGUUUCAUGUUAUUUUUAUUUAUUUGAAAUAGUUGAAUACAAUUUUGAAAGAAAAUUGCAACCUAACGAGUAUCCGCAUAAUUUGUACAUUCAAAAUUACAGUACAGCCACUAGCACUUGUUUGAGUAUUAGAAAAUGGUUAUUUUCCAUUGAAAAAGAAUAUACAUUGAUGAAUGAUAGUCUAGCAAUAUCGUAUUUAUUUUGGCAGGCUGUCGAUGAAGUUAAUAGAGGAGUUAUAAAUGCAGGAGAACGUUUAUAUCAAUUAAAAGCUUUACAGGACAAAACUAGAGCUAGUGAAUACUUGAAACUUGCUCGAGAAUUACCCGGUUAUGGAGAGGUUGUCUUUCCUCAUUGUGCUUGCGAUUCCCGAAAAGACGGACACGUGGUACUUUCCAUAGGAACGAUGGGAAUUAAAUUACAUGCUUGCAGAGAAGAUGGAACCCUCGAGACUCAAGUGAUAUUGUUACAAUGGGAUUGUUUGAUACAAUGGGAAAUAGAUGAAGAAGGAAUGGCUUUUUGUCUUAAGUAUAAUAGGCCAGAUAAGACACCUAAAUGGUUGAAAAUAUUUACACCAUAUUAUUUGUAUCUGAUGGAUUGUUUUGAAAGGAUCUUGAAAGAAAGUGAGCUGUUGGACACGGGCGAUUGAUGCCUCCCUUAAAAGAAUUUAUUUUAUUCAAAUCUUAGACUAAAACAUCAUCAAUUAUUUAAUAAGUAAGAAUAUGCGAGAGUCUAUACUACACAUUUAAGAUACUUCCUAGAAAAAAAUAUUUAUUGUGAUUUUUAUUAUGAUAUUCUAUUAUGUAUUUUUUAAAUGUCUUUGAUUAGCUUUUAAAAAUGCUCUAUUUGUAUAUAAUAUAAUAUAUGAUGUAUUGGUGCAGUUGCAAUAUUUUAGAGAGAAGUUCUCUAUUUCGCAAUAAGGUGUAUUUAUCAGUAAAUAACUAGUAUAUCUUCAAUAUUUUUAUCGUAUAUUGAAUUCGAAAUAUUUAUACAUUCUCGUAUAGAUCGUACUUGAUGUUAAAAAACAAUUUUAUUAUUGUUGAGGAAGUUAUAUUUCUAAAUAUCUGUUAGUUUCUUUUAACAUUUGUUUAUAGAUCAAGAUGAAUUUGUUUUGAUUUUUAUUUACUGUCUAAAUCAUCUGAAAAAUAAAGUACAACUUUGACUGUAAUUCUGAUAUGUUCUUAUCAGUUGGGGUAUAAAAGGUUCAAACUUACAAUAAUAGAUUUGCCACGUUGAUUAGAUUUAAAAAAAAAACUAUUUUCGGUAGCCUACAAAGGCCUUACAUAUUGUGGUAAGAAUUUCUUUUGUUUGUUUCAUGAUAAAUUUUCUUUUCAUUUAGGACUUGGUCCAUAAAAAUUUAACUCACUCUAAAAGGUACUCAAGGAAAGGUUAAUUGUCAUAAAAUUUAAACUCCUGGAUAAAAUUAACGCGCCACUCAUAUUUUUCUCGAUAUUCUUUAUUUAUUAAUAACUUAUUGUACCACAAGUAGUCCAUGGACCUUUUUUGACAGUGACAGUUUUUAAUAAAGUUAACUAUAGUAUCACAUAUCUUGUUUUGAGAGUAAUUCGUAUUAAACCUCGUUUUAGAUUAAAACUGUGUUGACAUUUUCUGUUAGAAGCCAACUAUUGAUUGUUUUUAUUAUAUGCAUGUUUGGGAAUAUAUCAAGUAAAAAAAUGAACCGUCAAAGAAAUUUGUCAAUGCAGGAGGCAGCGCGAGCAUCGGCUCUCCAUAAUGAAGAAUAUUCAAUGCGAAAUGUUUCUGGUUUGUUAAGAAGACAUAAUUCCAGCAUAAUUAGUCGCAUAGUGAGGCGACAUAAUGAAACAGGUUCCUACCAUCGCAGACCAGUAAUCCAAAAAUAGAGUAGGUAAAAGUUUUAAAUACCUUCACAUGACAUUAAUAGAAAAUUGAAGACUAUAACGAGAGUUAAAUGAGAGGGCUAGAACAGGAAGGAAAAACCAAAAUAAAUAAAAACAAAAGUCUAUAAGAAGUAAUCAUUGGUAUUUGGAUCAGAAAUAUGAGACUUAUCAGACGAAAAAAUUUAAACUCAACAUAAAUAGAAAAUAAAAUCGAAGAAGGACAAUUAAGAUGUUUUUGCCGCAUCAUGAGAAUAAGAGAAGAACUUUUAGUUCUUAAUGAUUAUAAAUCGAUGAAUAUAUACAAUUUUUAAAUUUCAAUUUGAGCAAAUUCUCAUCAAGUGAUAAUUAUAUCUCAAUUUUAUUCAGUCGAAAGGAAUUUCAAUUUUUCAGGUGAUUUUCGUGUACAAUUCUGACUGAGAUACUUAAAUUAUUGUAAAUUACAAAAUAAUAACACUUUGGAUGCAUAUCAAUUUAGAAACAAAAACCAUUUUACAACAGCUAAUAUCAAUACAACAAUACAACUUUUUCUAAAUUUUCUUAUUAAAUACUUUUUAAUAAUACCUUUCAGUUGAAGUGGAAUGUUGUAUUCUUUUGCUAGGUAACAUUUUUUAUUGGAUAUUUUGAUGACAAACUUCCACUAUAAAAUUGAUUCUUGUGUUACGAAAAUUAAUAUUAAUAAAACCAACAACUAUAACGAAGAAAAUAUUUUAAAUUAGAAUCAUCAUCUCAUUCUCAAGAUCCAUAUAAUUAUCACUACGUAGAUUAUACAAGGUGGUCCUAGAUUUUAUACAAUUAUUGGAAGAGAUGGUAGUAGAUCCAAAAUGAAAGUACUUUUUUUAUAUCUGAAUAAUAAAGGAGAAUUAUUUGAAUAGAGAAUCUUAUGUUCUUAAUUAUCUACCAUGAUAUUUUUUGUAUGGAGAGCAUAUUUUGGGAGUGAUUAUAAUAUAUUAUGAUAAUUAAUUUUAUGUGUCUAAAUUGUCUUGAUUUUAGAACUCUUCUGAUUUAAAAUUAGUUACAUAAAACAGACAGAAAUUGAUGCUUUGACUUAUUUAAAUCUUUAUCGAAACGUCAAUUUUUAUCUGUCUUUAAAAAAUUAUAAAAAAAAACAAAAUCAAGAAUAUAUAGAAGCAUAAACAUAUCAAAAGGUUUAAGAAAUAAGAAAUUAAAGAAAUCACCGGUAAUUUUAUAUAAUCACCGAAUUUAUUACUUCUACGGAUACAUAUAUGAAGUACUUUUUGGUUGUACUAUAUACUUCUAAAAAUUAAUGUACAUAAUUAUGGACCACUUAGUAUUAAAAUAAUUGAAAUCACUUGUGUAUGUUUUUCCUAGUGUUAUUUUUUUAAAUAAUAGGUUAGGUUUUUUCAACAUAUCAUAAAAAUUUAUUUCCCAGAAGUAAAGUGAGACUUACCCCGACAUUCUUAAACAAUUACGAAUUUUUGAAAAAUUGCAUUUAGAUCUGGAGUUUGUGAAAGAUCUGAUUUAUUAAAUGGAAUACUUAUGUACUUUAUGUAAUUUAUUUUUAUAUGUAUAUUUUUUUGUUUAUAUUUGAUAAAUAAUUGAAAAACAAUAGUUGUAACAAACGACUAAAAGUUUAUUAUUCCUUAUUAGCUCCUGGUACAGGGUUUCUAUUUGUUUAAUAAAAUUAGAUGUAAUUAUUAAGACAAUGAACUUGUAGCUCAUACGAAUAUGUUUAGCUCUUUUAAAUUGAUUGAAAAGGAGCCAAGGCUCCAUUGAACUGGGUUGAUGUUCAUGUAUUUUGACGAGAUCAAGUUAUAGUCUUUACUUGUUUUCUAUAUUUUUCUCAUGUUUUGGUGUUAUUGGUAUCAAAUGCUAUAGUUAUUAUAUCUGUUUAAAGUUUACUCGUGGUUUUAUAUGUUCUGUGUUCAGGAAUAAACCGAAUGGCGAUUGUGAUAGUUAAUGUCGCUAAUUUUUAUCUUGCUCCUUAACCUGACUUAAAUGAAAAUUACUUGAACAUCUUCAAUCUACGUCUACACUUAAACUAGAGCACAUAUGCCUAUUAGAAAAUCGGUUUCGAAAUAAUAGGAGUUUGAAUGGUUUUUUUGAAAAUUUCUUUUUAUUUUUGAUUUAAUGAUUAUAUAGACGAAUUAAAUUCAUCUAAUUUCAACGACUUUAUUGAAACUUUAGGCCGCUUGACAUGAUGCAAGAAAUUAGUUUAUUACAUGGUCAAUAUAUUGCAUAGAUAAAUAUUGCACUUAUUUAAUAUUUGUGUGCGGUUAAAAAAUUAAAAUAAUCAAUAUAUUGACUGCAAUUUCUUGCAUAAUGUUAAGCGGCCUAAAGUUUCAAUAAAGUAGUUGAUGCUAUUAUUUUUCAAUAGCUCAGGAAACCGAUUUUCUGAAUAGGGUUUAAAACGUUGCAUUUAUGCUCUAGUUUAAGUGUAUACAUAGAUUGAAGAUGUUCAAGUAAUUUUCAUUCAAGUCUGGUUAAAGAAUACCAUGCAAAAUAUUGGCAUACUAUUCAAAAAUAAAUUAUUUAUAAUAAGUAGGGUGAUGCUAUUUACAACUCCUGUUUGAAUAAUAAACAAUUGUUUUCAAAACGUUUGCCGGAGAACCAACAACACAUGUAUCGUAAUGUUUUUCCCAUAAACAUAAAGUGAUUUAGGCUUUGUAGGCUAAGCAUACUAGUAAAAUAAUUGGGGCGCAAAGAACAGUUUUGUUAGAGUUUCACAUGUUUUUUGGGUCAGUAAACAUGAAUUUGUAGUAUAAGGGCGAAAAUUUGACCCGGAACUUUUUGUUUUGGGCACUUUAUCCAGUUUAUGGCACAAAGGAAGCCUUUUAUCGGCAAGUUCAUCCGGUACAAAAUUAAAGUAGAUUAAAUUUUCUACAUUUCUUGAAAUAUUUUGUCGAGAGACGAACUGUUUUAACCGUUUCUUUAUUUUACUGAUUAUGUUCUGUAAUCUUUUGAAUGGUAGCACACCGUAGAUUUCACAUAAUUUAUUGAAAAUUUGACAUUAUUUUCAUCUGUACCUGUCAUUUAUAGACAAUUCAAUGCUAGAAUAUUCGAUAACUGUGUAAUUAUAUAGGUAAAGAUCUAAUUAUAUAGGAAAAAGAAUAACAUUCAAUUGAAUAACUCAUUAGCUUCGCGACAAUAUGAAAAAAACGCAUUUUUCAAUGUAAUUUAUUUUUGUUUCAUGCACAGAACGUUGUUACGUAAACGCCUUGUUGAUAGAAAAGAUAUUGUAUAAAGCAACUUUAAGAUUUUUUGAAAAUGUAUAUAAAUUCCAAUAUGAGGUUGAUAAAGUGCCAUUAUAAAUGAAACAGGAGUCAAUUUUCGAAAAAAAAAUCAAAAUGUGGAAAUAUUUUUUGACUACCUUAUCAAAUCUGGUCUCAAAUUAAUUUUUUUCUAAUAAUUCCUAAAAUUGUUUCAGUUACUAACUAUUGUUGGUUGUGCAUUAUACAUUAUACAGACAAUAAAAAAUUUUUUCCGUUAACAUAUUUUAUCGUUUGUAAUCAUCCUCAUUUUCUCGUUCUUUAGCUUUAAGUUUAUUUAGUCUAAACAAUUUUAUAUUCUUCCUAUUUUAUCUUAAUUCUUACGAUACAACACCGACUGUCCUCAACUUUCCAAUAAUAAUAACAUUAUUCCUGUGAAGGAUGAAGUAAAAUAUCUAGACACAUCAAAAGAAAACAACUAGAAAUUAAAAACAUGAGUUGCCUAAUAAAUAGAAAAACGCAGCUAAUUCUAAAUUUAAUGUACAAAACCAUAAUUACUCCUGUAUGGACAUAUGGAAUCGAUCUCUGGAGAUGUAGCAAGCCUUCAACCACAAAAAUUGAACCAUCCACAAUGACAUAAAUGUACAAUUCAUCAACGAUGUUAUCAGAACCAAUAUAAAGACUGAUGUGCAAACAAUAACAACCAACUAAUCAAUACUCUGCUCAACCACCCACUGCAAGAAAGGAGACUAAAAAACAAUGACCCGAAGACACUCACCUGUAUCGUACAAUUUAUUUAUUACUCAAUAAAUAUAGACUGUGAAUUUGCAAAUAAAAAAUUCUCAUACCAAUUCAAUUGUCCCAUUUCUGUUUUUCUAUUUUUGUAAAUUACCUAUUUUGGUACUUUUCUAUUGUCUUCAAAUAUUAUUUCCAGUUUUAUUUUCUCUAAUUUUUUUCUUAAUUAUUGUUCACAUCCAUAUAAUUUUUUCAAUUUUAAAACUUCCUUUCCCUUUUUCUAUUAAAAAAUACGUUCACUUCUCCCUAUUAUGAUUCACUUUUUUGGUAGUUGCUUAAGCAAAUGUUGGGUAAUUAUAGUUUUCAAAACUUCCUGUAUAAUUUGUUAAUCAACAAGAGCAAAAAAUCUUAAAGUUGAAAAUAUGGAAAGUGGUAAUUGCAAGUGAUGAUUUUUUAUUUUUAUUAAAAAAAUAGUUUGUACAUAAGAUAGGUAAUUAUAUUUGAAAAAAAAACUAUUGAAUAGAUGAAUUUAAUUCAAACUUUGUAGAAAAAAAUCAAAUAUUGCACAUUUUUACGACUUGUAGCUCACUACUGUUUCUUAUUUGUACCUCUAUUAUCUUUUUGUUAAUUUUUCUACUGAAAAUAAUCCUAAGAGAAUUUUCAUCUAUUGAUAUCGAACAGAACCGACAUAAAUGGAUGCAGUUACGAGAGACUUAUGUUUAGCAGUGAACUCAGAUGAGCUAAAUGAUGAUUAUUUUGUCACAUCUUAUUUUCGACAAAAAAGUGAAAGCAGCUACAAAAUCUAAUUACACUUUGGUGAUGUGCACUGGGAAUCCAGUGAACUUGUUAUUAAAAUUUACACUGUAAGAUUGGAAAUUUUUCAAUGCCAUAAUGGUUUUAGAUUUGAGAUGAAGAUUUUUAUGAAAAGUUCACCAGAAUACCUUAGCUAGAAAGCUAUAGAAUCCGAAAAUCAAAAUUUUUUCUAUGUGAAUAUUAUAAAACACUGUAAUAUUUAUAAUCCAAAUUUGAGAGUAUUUUACUUGCUUGAAUAAAAAUUAAAUUGUCAUAUUGUAAAGUAGUAGACAACUAAUAUAUAAUAAAUUUUAACAGUGUAGUUACAAUGCCAUUGACAGUUUCUAAUGUUUUGUUCUAAAUUAACUUUAUACUUACGUCCGAUUUGAAAUGAUAUCCUUAUAUUAUUGGUGUUGCUAAUAAUUGAAAAUAGUUAUAUAUUUGCGUUAAAUAUUUUGAGAAAAAUAGAAUAUUAAUCUAAAAAAUGAUAUAUAAUAUUUGGCUGUUAUGCACGAAAUUGAAAUAAUAAUCAUGUUACUG